AUGAUUGACUGGGACUUCUUCAAGAAGCUGCUGGACCAGGUCAAGGAGCACUCAACUGUGGUGGGCCAAAUCUGGUUGACGGUGAUCAUAAUCCGCAUCCUCAUCUUUGCCCUGGCCACCAAGUGGGUGUGGGGUGAUGAGCAGUUGGAUUUCAAGUGUAACACAACCGAGCCAAGCUACACCAAUGUCUGCUAUAACCGGGCCUUCCCCAUCUCCCCCAUCCAUUACUGGGUGCUGCAGUUCCUCUUCAUCAGCACCCCCACCCUGGUCUACCUGGGCCACGUCAUGUACCAAUCUCGGCAGAAGCAACAGCAGCAGCAGAAGGAUGGGGAGCUGCAGGCACUGCCAUGCAAGAACCCACAGACGGAGCAGGCACUGGAGACCAUAGAGCAUCAGAUGUCCAGCAUCUCAGGGACAGAAGGUGGUCGCCUGGGGAUUUGUGGAGCACUGAUGAUCACUUAUGUGGCCACUGUGCUCUGUAAGAGCGUGCUAGAGCUAGGCUUCCUCUAUGGUCAGUGGCACAUCUAUGGCUGGACCAUGAAGCCCGUGUUUGUGUGCCAGCGAGCACCCUGUCCCUACCUCGUGGAAUGUUUUGUCUCUCACCCCUUAGCAAAGACCGAGUUCAUGAUCUUCAUGCUAGUGGUCAGACUCAUGUCCCUGGUGCUGAACAUACUGGACCUGGUGCACCUGCUGUUCCAAGAGCGGCCCAGAAGAGCCAGGACACCCCACUCAGGGCAAGAUACUCCUCAGAGCCCUCCACAGACCACUUCAUCAUCUACUUCUUCCCCAUGGGCCAAGGGUUCUCAUCCCCGUCGCCCACCUACAAUGGGCUUUCAUCCAGCAAGCAGAACUGGACCAACCUGA